CCGCCGCGGCUGCUGGGGAGACCUGGUGCUGCAGCCGCUCCGGCGCUCCCGGAAACUUUCCUCGGCGCUGUGCGCGGGCUCGCUGUCCUUUCUGCUGGCGCUGCUGGCGAGGCUGGUCCGCGGGGAGAUCGGCUGUGAGCUGGAGCAGACUAAGGCGCCCGCGGAGGAGGAGGAGGAAGCGGCCCCGGGAGCAGAAGGGGGCGUCUUCCCGGGGCCUCGGGGAGGUGCUCCCGGGGCGGCGCGCCGCUCGGCCCCUGGCUGCAGCCCUGGGCGCUGCUCUUCAGUCUCCUGUGUGCCUUCUUCUGGAUGGGCUUGUACCUCCUGCGCGCCGGGGUGCGCCUGCCUCUGGCCGUCGCGCUGCUGGCCGCCUGCUGCGGGGGGGAAGCGCUCGUCCAGAUUGGGCUGGGCGUCGGGGAGGAUCACUUACUCUCGCUCCCCGCCGCGGGGGUGGUGCUCAGCUGCUUGGCCGCCGCGACAUGGCUGGUGCUGAGGCUGAGGCUGGGCGUCCUCAUGAUCGCCUUGACUAGCGCGGUCAGGACCGUGUCCCUUAUUUCCUUAGAGAGGUUCAAGGUCGCCUGGAGACCGUACCUGGCGUACUUGGCCGGCGUGCUGGGGAUCCUCCUGGCCAGGUACGCGGAGCAAAUCUUGCCGCAGUCCGCGAGGGCGGCUCCGAGGGAGCAUUUUGGGUCCCAGCUGAUUGCUGGGACCAAGGAAGAUACCCCGGUGUUUAAGCGGAGGAGGCGGUCCAGCUCCGUGGUGUCCGCCGAGAUGUCCGGCUGCAGCAGCAAGUCCCAUCGGAGGACCUCCCUGCCCUGCAUACCGAGGGAGCAGCUCAUGGGCCACUCAGAGUGGGACCAGAAGCGAGGGCCAAGAGGAUCUCAGUCGUCAGGAACCAGCAUCACUGUGGACAUCGCUGUGAUGGGCGAAGCUCAUGGCCUCAUCACCGACCUCCUGGCGGACCCUUCCCUGCCCCCCACUGUGUGCACGUCCCUGAGGGCAGUGAGCAAUCUGCUCAGCACCCAGCUCACCUUCCAGGCCAUUCACAAGCCCAGAGCGAAUCCUGUUGUGACCUUCAGCGAAAACUACACGUGUUCUGAUUCAGAAGAAAGCUCUGAGAAAGACAAGCUGGCUAUUCCCAAGCGCUUGAGAAGGAGCUUGCCCCCAGGCUUACUGAGGCGAGUUUCCUCCACUUGGACAACGACCACCUCAGCCACAGGUCUGCCUACCUUGGAGCCGGCCCCAGUGCGGAGGGACCGCAGUGCUAGCAUCAAACUGCAUGAGGCACCUUCAUCCAGUGCUGUCAGUCCAGAUACUUGGAGUAACCCAGCGAUGAUGACCCUAACCAAAAGCAGAUCCUUCACUUCAUCCUAUGCCAUUUCAGCGACUAACCACAUAAAGGCUAAAAAACAAAAUCGUCCGGGUACCCUAGCUAAAAUUUCACCUCUUUCCUCGCCCUGCUCCUCACCUCUCCAAGGGACGCCUGCCAGCAGCCCAGUUAGCAAAAUCUCUGCAGUGCAGUUUCCAGAAUCUGCUGACACCAUGACCAAACCAGGCCUGAGUUCUCACAGGACCUUGACCUACACACAGAGCGCCCCGGACCUGUCUCCCCAGACGCUAACUCCACCCAUGUCAUGUAGCAGCUGCGGCCGGCCAUAUCCCCAGGAGAAUCCUGCCGACGGGCCCCUGGACGGAAGCAGCACAGCCAUCCAGACAGCAGGCAGAACAGAUGACGCCGCUCAAGUCACGUCUGAUUAUGAAACCAAUAACAACAGUGACAGCAGCGAUAUCGUACAGAAUGAAGAUGAGACUGAGUGCCCACAAGAGCCUCUGAGGAAAGCCUCAGCUUGCAGCACUUACACGCCUGACGCCAUGAUAUUCCUGGACAAACCAAUUCUUGCUCCUGAACCUCUUGUCAUGGACAACUUGGACUCAAUUAUGGAGCAGCUGAACACUUGGAAUUUUCCAAUUUUUGACUUGGUGGAAAAAAUAGGAAGAAAAUGUGGCCGUAUUCUGAGUCAGGUCUCAUACAGGCUUUUUGAAGACAUGGGUCUCUUUGAAGCAUUUAAAAUUCCAGUUAGAGAAUUCAUGAAUUAUUUUCAUGCUUUGGAGAUUGGAUACAGGGAAAUUCCUUAUCAUAACAGAAUCCAUGCCACUGAUGUCUUACAUGCUGUUUGGUAUCUAACGACGCAACCUAUACCAGGCCUGUCGACUGUGAUUAAUGACCAUGGAUCAGCAAGUGAUUCAGAUUCGGACAGUGGAUUUACACAUGGACAUAUGGGAUAUGUGUUCUCAAAAAUGUACAGUGUGCCAGAUGAUAAAUAUGGAUGUCUGUCUGGGAAUAUCCCUGCCUUAGAGUUGAUGGCAUUGUAUGUGGCUGCGGCCAUGCAUGACUAUGAUCAUCCAGGAAGGACUAAUGCUUUUCUGGUUGCAACUAGUGCUCCUCAGGCGGUGCUCUACAAUGAUCGCUCAGUGUUAGAGAAUCAUCACGCAGCUGCUGCAUGGAACCUUUUCAUGUCCCGGCCAGAGUAUAACUUCUUAGCUAACCUUGACCAUGUGGAAUUCAAGCAUUUCCGUUUCCUUGUCAUUGAAGCAAUAUUGGCCACGGACCUGAAGAAACACUUUGACUUUGUGGCCAAAUUGAAUGCCAAGGUGAAUGACGAUGUUGGAAUAGAUUGGACCAAUGAAAAUGAUCGCCUACUGGUGUGUCAGAUGUGUAUAAAGUUGGCUGAUAUCAAUGGCCCUGCUAAAUGUAAAGAACUACAUCUUCAGUGGACAGAGGGGAUUGUCAAUGAGUUUUAUGAACAGGGUGAUGAGGAAGCCAGCCUUGGGUUACCCAUUAGCCCUUUCAUGGACCGCUCUGCUCCUCAGCUGGCCAAUCUUCAGGAAUCCUUCAUCUCUCACAUCGUGGGUCCUCUGUGCAACUCCUAUGAUUCUGCGGGACUAAUGCCAGGGAAAUGGGGGGAAGACAGCGAUGAGUCAGGGGACACUGAUGAUCCUGAAGAGGAGGAGGAGGAAGCAGCACCCAAUGAAGGGGAAACCUGUGAAAAUAAUGAAUCUCCAAGAAAGAAAACUUUCAAAAGGAGAAAAAUCUACUGCCAAAUAACCCAGCACCUCCUGCAGAAUCACAAGAUGUGGAAGAAAGUCAUCGAAGAGGAACAGCGGUUGGCAGGCACAGAAACCCAGUCCUUGGACCAGCCCGCCCAGCAGCACCCCUCUGAACAGAUCCAGGCCAUCAGGGAAGAAGAGGAAGAGAAAGGGAAGGCAAGAGGAGAGGAGCUCCCCGCCCCGAAACCAAACCAGUGACACUGGGGAGAAAGAACUGUGUUUCCAAACAGUGACUUGUCACAGACUCUUCUCAAGCCAGCACGACACUUAGACACAACACUGUAGAAAUAUGAGGAGAUGGGCAAAUGGCUAUUGCAUUUGGGAUUCUUUGCAUUUUAUGUGCUUAUUUUUACAGUGAGAUACAUUGUCCAAAACCUUUGCUCAGAGAAGCUUUCACUUUGCAACACCAGCUUCUAAGGAUUUUUUAAAGGAGGAAAUAUAUAUAUAUAUAUAUAUGUGUGUGUGUAUAUAAGCUCUCACGUAGACUCACAUAAAACACAUUCACACACACACACACACACAUAACACACUGAAAGCCAGGAUUACUGGCUCCACGAUUUAGUAACAUUCAUAUUCAGAUAUAUAGUGGUCACUGUGAUAUAAUAAAUCAUAAGGGAAAACAAAUCACAGAGGAAAGGGUGCAGCUUAGCAGGCAAACAGUGCAGCAAAUGUAGGUUACAACUAAGGAGAUUUUGCUCCUAGUAGUGAAGGCUGAAAGUUCCAGAGCAUUAUUUGAAUUCUUAUUCAACCUGCCAACAUCGCGUGAGCGUGUGUGUGUGUGUGUGUGUGUGUGUGUGUGUGUGUGUGAGAGAGAGAGAGAGAGAGAGAGAGAGAGAGAAGAUUGAAAGGGGGUGUGUGUGUGUUUGUGUAAGGAAGUUUUGUGGGUUUAGUGGUUCAUAGACUAGCUGCAGCAGCUGUCUCAGCAUGUGAACAAACAGAAGGAAGUUCACUCCAGAGUCUCUGAGAGGUGGCCAUUCCAAAUCCCUUCCUCAACUUAGCUUCAAUAAAGGUCCCUCUGUGGAGGGCAGGCGGGUAUUCAGGGCUGGGGAGAGGCCAUGUGAUUGGUACUACUGCUUUGCACCACUUGGAGGCGCUCUAUCACCAGCCUCAAACUUGGAAGACUGAGGCAUUUUCCAAACUACUUGCCUAGUGAAUGUAUAAGAGCUGUUUUCAGUAUGUCUGUCACUCACCUAAGAUCAAAUCACCAUGUAAGAUGGUAUUCUUUAUAUAAAAACACCUAAGAAGGAGCUGGAACCAGGUCUUUUAAUCAGAUUAGUAUUUUUAAAGGUUGUCAGAGAAGACCUGGAAAAUUGCUCUUCACCAUCAUCCCACGUCUUCUGAAAUUGUGCAGUAAAAAAUUAAAGGCAACCAGAAACCCUCUAUGGGAUACCAAGCUAGAGAUGAAGGGGACAAUUUCAGCCUAGAGUGGUGUGUGUUGCCAUAGUGAGAGCCUGAUGCUUGGUCACUGUGGAAGUUUGGCCUGGGCUGGCGGAGCCCACGAGCACCCUGUUGUGGUAUGGACCUGCUGGGUGACGGCCCACGUCCAUCUCCAACGUGGCCAGUUGUCAAUGCUUGUUCUGGUAACGGAGGUUUUAGUGGGGUUGGGAGACUGGGUCUAUUACAGAAAGUCUUUUGUUGUUGGUUUUUUUUUUUUUUUUUUUUUUUUGGUUUGUUUAUCUACACUUGUUUAUGCUAUGAGCCAAACCUCUAUUUAAAAAGUUGAUACUCACUUUCAAUAUUUUAUUUCGUAUUAUUAUAUUUGUCAUGAAUACUUAUCUUGAUGUAAAUAUAAAGAUUUUUUUUGUGUAGAUAGUAAACUUUUUUUUAAAGGGGGAAAGGGAAGCAUUUUUAUAAAGUUAUAUUUUAAUCACCAUUUUUAUACAUUGUAGCAAUCUCCAAGCCCAGUGAGCGAAUGCAGAUUCAGGUGCAUGGAGGUCUGUGGACAGCCGCUCAUCUGCCUGUUCUAAUUUAAACAAUAAUCUGAUAGUUAUUUUAUGCCAAUUCAAUGAAGAUGCUGCAAAGAAUGUUUUUUCACUGGUAACUUUUGCUAACUUUUGGGUCCAUGGCCCCCAAGUGAAAGACUUUCUUAGCCAAUACCGAAUUUUUACAAUUGGUGUCCCUUUUGUUCCCAGUACCUUUGGGGUAUAACUCCUCCUUCAGUACUAUAGACACCCCUGUUCAUCUGAACAAUCUCAGCUUCUAAGUAAACAUACAUUGUGAUUUCUGCUUCUUACUUCCUCUGAAGUCACAGAAAAGAGUGUUUACAUUCAAAAUGCCUUUAUUUAUUCUAAAUAGAUAUUCUUCCCUUCCAAAGGAAUGAUUUUAUAAUAAUCCAUGACAUUUGUUUAAAAGGGUAAAAAUGAUACAAUAAAAAAUAAGCAUGUCUGCAAGGUAAAUUUCCCAGUCAGUAGGAAAAUACGAGAAAGGACCAAAUGGAUACCCCCUACUUAAAUAAUUAGGAUAAUUUCAGUGUUUUCUGAGUUCACACCAGGUCUACAUUAUUUAGAACUUACUGAGUUGUUUCCCAUUUCCCUAACAUUGCCUGUGUGUCUCAAGGUUUGCAGAAAUUACUGUGAGUCAAGUACCUUUCCCCAGUGAAUUUAACUGUUCUCCUUCUCUUGCAAAUAAGAGAAGCAAAACAUUUAUACUCACAUACCUCUUGUAUCUGAUUAUUUACCAAAACAAAUCUUUCCCCGGACUCUCCUCAUGCCACACAUCUCUAAAAUCCAUGUAAGUGGAGGGGAAAUGCAAGUGUGGGGCAAGCAGAAUGGUAGCACAGAUGUGAGUCCGUGAUGUGUAUUACUGGCAGCCUCUUAAAGCUCAGGGCCCCCAGGAAGGCCAGCCUGGCUGCUAGCGUAGAGGUCUUAGCUUCCUGCCUGGGUUUUGUUUUGGUUUUAGGGACAUGAAAUUACACAAAGAACGGUGGCCCAAGCAAUUAGAACCUCUUCAUUCUCAAACUGUAUUCACCAGUCCCGGCAGAUUUGUAAUUUUUUUUCCUUCAAAAAUGAAUUCCUCCUAUAUCAUAGCUAGAAGUCAGCUGAAGUAAAGGAAUGGAGAUUGGUCAAGUGUGACCUUCAUACACACCCAGGAUACCCACAGGAUGCCUGGGGACAUAAUGAUUUUCUGCCAGUGAUGUUCUCCCCUUCCUUGGUGACAGCAAUAUUACUGUGUUCACGUCCAACUCUGGAGCUUAUUUCCUGUGGUGCCAGUGUUGUGUGUUGCAAUUUACUAUAUUUUUAUAUGAGCCUAUUUAUAGGUGCCAUUAGAUAAACUCAGGUCUUUCAAAUGAAGUUUCUAGCCCACUGAGGGAAAAGGGUAAUUAUAUAGACAACCAUAAACGCCAACAGAAAAGUUGGAACUGGUGACCUUGAUGCUAGUGGUUGAUGUUUGUUAGGAAAAGGCCUAUGCUAAGAGGUUCACUCAUGUCCUUCCCAGCGUGCCAUAGAAUGUCUUUCCAGUUACCUAAGCCAGCCUUUAGCAUAUUGUUUCCUCAGUCCCACUUAGGCUGUUUUUCCCUUAAUUAUAAGUUUUGUGGGUGGUUUGUUUAUUUGUUUUUUUUUUUUUUUUUUUUUUUUUGUCAUUUUUAUAAGACCUGGUUUUGCUCUCAGUAGAAAGGUAAAGACAGGUAGCUCUGUACAGGAUACAUCUAUGUAGGUCUUCAUCUGAAAAGUGAAGGAAUUUCCUCAUAUUAUGUUUGAGAAAAUACCCACUUUCUAGAAACAGAACACCCAAUUCUGUGUUCUACUCUGAUGGACUUCCAAAACAAAUACUGACCAUUGCAAUCCUGGUAAAAUUAACAACUAGGGAUCGCAUGUCAUACAGACUGUCUUUAUGUGUGUAUUGCGAUUUCCUCCUGUCCCUUGUCUCUUUGUUUCCUUAUGUCUCCUUGUCACUUUCCCAGAGAAUUUUCUUUGAAGGUAAAAGCUGUGCAAAAAGGCAUGAGACUCAGGCCUCUUAUUUGUUUAAAUGAUGGAAAAAUAUAAAUUAUUUUCUAAGUAAUAAAGAUAUGAAAAUUAUCAUUGUAAAUAAAGUCUAAAGUUUGAAAUGACUGCUUUACAAAAGUGAACUAUUUGUGUGAUGAAAAUUCCUGAUUAACAAGAAAUGAAUAAUCCAAAAAUCAUUUCUGGACUAUUUUGAGAGAGAUCUUUGGUGCCUCCAGUGUCAGUGUGGCGAUCUCCAGUGUCCUUGGCUUUUACAAUUAUUUCUAAAAUAAUCAUGUUAGAGUCUUAUUGUCCUCUUCCAACCCAAUCCUGAUACCCAUUUAAUGCCUUUCCUGGUUUAUACUGUUUUUUUAGAAAUGAACUGCCUAUUCAAACUGACAGAGGUACCCAGUAGAACAGUUCUGGAAAUUCAUAAUUUAGAGAAAAUCAUGAUUAUUCUUAUUCCAGAGGUUCUCACACAAUGUGGGAGGAGGGGAGAAAAAUGUAUACAAUUUCAAAUCCUGUUUAUAAGCUCAACUUCUGAUACAUAAGAACUAAAAUGACAAUAUAUUUUGAAACAUAAGUGAGGUCCUUUCAUUUACCUUCUUCUCUCCUAAUAAGCAACAAAGUACUUUAUACCAAAGUUCUAAAUUUCUUUCAUUUCUCCAUGAUGUGAAACUAAAUUUGCUGAUGUUGUCAAUUAACUUAUACAAUCCACUUUAAGAUAAGGAAGUCAAUUUUUCAUUCUAAGUGGAAAACAUUCCAAAAUGAAAUUAUUCUUAUAAUUUCUAAUCAGAGGUCAAUAUACCAUGUUUAGGUCCUGUAUUCCUCAACUCCUCUAGAAUAUAUUCAAAUUCUUAAUAUGGAUAUUUAAUUGGGCAGGAAUGACUCAAACUAAGCACUGAGCUAAUUAACUGCAAACAAUGCAUUAAAGAACAUAAGUUGAAGUCUGCUAAGUAUCAUUAUGUUUCACAUUAAGGAGCCCUGAUAAGAAUGCACAUAUUUUUCGGUCUAUAUUAUGGACCAUGGACUUUGGACAAUUUGUGCUAUGAGCUGACACAUUUCAUCUGUUAAAAUGAUGUUGCUUGUACCUUUCAUGAUGGUGCCUUUGCCUUAUCUGCACUGAUCUUUAUGUCUACACUAUCAAAUUCUAACACACAGGUUAACAGUGGUGACAAAAAAUAAUUGGACAUUUUAUAUCUAAAUGUGUUUAAUGAUACAAAACUGAAGAUUAGUUGGUGGAACUCAAGUUGCUGAUUCAAAAAUAAUGAUCUGGUGUAAAUUAUUGCAGUAUGUAGUACAGAUAAGACUAUAAAGAAUAUGGAAAAAUGUAUAGAUAAGGAACAAAACUGGUUUUUGACACACAUUUGAAGUUUAAGAGCAUCCAAGUUUCCCAUUUAAGGCAGCUAAGGCUUCUCCAUAUCCAAUGUUUGAGGUUAAUUACCCUGACUGGGCAGUGGCUUCCAUGGUCUUCUGCUUCCUGAGCAGUUGGUAAGCACGGAAGGCAUGCCUUCUCCUUACUGAUGAGCAAGCCUGAACACUCCUGUGUUCAGAUUUCCUCAUUCCUUCUCAUCAAGAAGUGGUUCUUUAGUCAUGGAAAUAUUUCAAGGAAAAUAAAAUGCUUCAAAGAGAGUAAUGUUAAAUCAUCACAUGUAAAUACUAUCAGGAAUGUUUAAAUUUAUUUUUGAACCAAAACUUACAUUUUUUGUAUCAUUCAAUUGAACUGAAGCCCACAAGAUGAUAUUCCAUUGUCUAGAGAUACUAAAUAAUUUUAUAUAAUCAGAACUAUUAUAUGACAGAAAACCGGGAAGAAUAAUACUUAAUUCUUUUUUAUAAUGCCCUGUGUGCUUCA